AUGGGAUGGUAUGACCAAUAUGCGAGGCUGGACGGCACUCCAAACAUUGAGGACGUUGUCAUCGGUCUAGAGGGCGAGACUAUUGUGGCUGUCGCUUUGACGUACAUCCCCAACACUGGAAGCCCAACCGAGGACGACCUACCGUGGGCCAAGACCAUUGGCGCGGAUGUCGGUGGCGUAACAUGCAUUUGCAUCACAGAUGAUAAUCGUGAAAUGGUGAAUAGCCGGGACUCGGUUAUGAUUCGAUUGCUAGAUACCUGUGUCAAGUUGCUGGCCGACCGAGGUAUGCAGCAAAUGUUCAUCGAUGGUGUCAAAGGGGGCAAUGCUGGCUUUCAAAGUCUAGGUUUUCGAGAGUGGGCAAGAUACAAAGACAGUUGGCGAAAGAUCUGA